GCCCUUGGCCCGUUGUGUUGGCCCGUACUUGACAUGCGUGCGUCAGUGAGUGUGAUGUAUGUGCGUGUUUUUCUUCGGGCUUUUCCACGGCUUUCUCAACGUGGCUGUCAACGUGCGUGGUGCGAUUCUGGUGGAACCCGAACCAAUUUGCCCGGAACCGAGAUCCGGCGCCCGCUCUCUGCCUGCCUGCCUGCUUGUCUGGCCGUCGGCAUUAUUGCGGCAAAAACCGGAACCGGCGACGGCGGCUGCUGCGAUAAUCGGUGAUGUCGGUGGUGGUCAACACGUCAUUGCAGUGUGUCUGUACCGUCGCACCGCCAAAACUGUGUGUGUGUGUUAGUGUUUGCUUAGGGAGGGGAGGAAAGGUGAUAAAACCGUCACGAUCUUCGGUUGAGCGCGCCAAGCCGGUUUGGGAUUUGGGUUGCCGCUAGUGCGACGGCCGAUCAGUGCAGACGGUAGAAGGGGAAGGUACGGGUGACAUGUGUUUGUUUCGAUUACGCGGCCGGUUUUUGCACUGAAGGAAUGUCGUUUUCGCGAGCAAGCUGACUCAGCUCAGUCUAGCGCGGACAUGCGGCACGGUCGCCUCGGUUGAGCAGUGCGGUGCAUCAUCAUGAUAAUGUGGACGAGGUGAUGAUAAGUUUCCUACACUCGACAGACACACCUUCUUGGCAGGGUUCUUCGGCACAACACGGCACGUGCAGCACGCGGAGGAGCAACGUCGCCGUCGUCGUCGUCGGAGAGUGACAUUAUGCAACGUGCGCACAGACGAGCAGAAGCGGUGGUCGAUACAUAACGCGUUUGUGUGUGCUAGAACUGCCGAUACGGUGUGCGAGGUGACCGACCGGACGAGACACAGCUCUACCGAGAGAAAGAGAGAGAGAGAGAGAGACAGAGAGAAGGCGAAAGAAGCGGCACACUAGACAGUAGUGAUUCGGACACAAACAGCGACGACGGCAUGGCCUCCUUGGAGCGCAGCAAGCUGAUCGGUGUGAUCGAUGCGGGCACCAACAGUGUGCGAUUUGUGAUCUUCAAAUUGCCCGAGUUCGAGGAGAUUGCAUCGCACCAGAUCCGCAUUACGCAGAUAGUGCCGCGCGAUGGCUGGACGGAGCACAACCCGGUGGAGGUGUUGGAAGCGGUACGGCUCUGCGCGGUCGAGGCAUGCCAUCAGGUGGAAAAGCUCGGCUUUCUCGUGAAGGAUAUCGCUGCCAUCGGUAUCACGAACCAGCGCGAGACGACCGUCGUGUGGGACAAGAACACGGGCGAACCGCUUUACAAUGCCAUCGUAUGGAACGAUAUACGCACGGACAAAACGGUGGACCGGGUGUUGGCCCGCCUGCCGGAGCAAAACCACAACCACUUCCGUGCGCUGUCCGGGCUGCCGAUCUCGCCGUACUUCUCCGCCCUCAAGCUGAACUGGCUGAAGGACAACGUGGUGGCGGUGCGGAAGGCGUGCCGGGAGCGGCGCUGCUAUGCCGGCACGAUCGACACGUGGCUGGUGUGGAAUCUGACCGGUGGGCCGCAGGGCGGCGCGUUCGUGACGGACGUAACGAACGCGUCGCGCACGCUGCUGAUGAACAUCGAGACGCUGCACUGGGAUCCGCUGCUGACAAAAACGUUCUCGGUGCAUCCGGACAUGCUGCCGGAGAUACGCAGCUCGUCCGAGAUUUACGGCAAGGUGAAGGAUAGCAGCGUGCUGGACGGCAUACCGAUCAGCGCGAUCCUGGGCAACCAGCAGGCGAGCUUGGUCGGGCAGCGGUGCUUGAAGGAGGGCCAGGCGAAGAACACGUACCGCAAGGGAUGCUUUCUGCUGUACAACACGGGCACUAGGUGCGUUCAAUCCACACACGGCCUGGUGACGACGGUGGCGUACCAGAUGGGACGAAACGCGCCACCGAUCUACGCGCUGGAAGGUUCGGUAGCGGUCGCCGGCGUGGCCAUGAACUGGCUGCGCGACAACCUGAAAAUCAUCAAGGACAUUAAAGAUUCCGAAGAGAUCGCUGGCAGCGUGUCAUCGACGGGCGAUGUCUACUUUGUACCUGCAUUCACCGGCCUGUACGCCCCCUACUGGCGAAAGGACGCGCGAGGCAUAUUUUGUGGUUUGACCAGUUUCACUACCAAGCAUCAUUUCGUGCGGGCCGCCUUGGAGGCGGUCUGCUUCCAGACGCGCGACAUUAUCGAGGCGAUGAAGAAGGACUGCGGCAUAAACCUUAACAAGCUCCACACGGACGGUAUCAUGGCGAGCAACAGCCUUCUAAUGCAGCUGCAGGCGGAUCUGAGCGGCAUUCCUGUGUUGAGGACGGAGGUGCACGAACCGGCUGCUCUCGGGACGGCGAUGGCCGCUGCACAGGCGAACGGGGUGGAUCUGUACAAGCUGGAGGCGGAAAUCCGUGGCUACGCAGGUGUUCAAUCGCACCAUGAAACAUUCCUUCCAACCACCACCGAGGAGGAACGGAACGCUCGGUACACCAAGUGGAAAAUGGCAGUUCAGCGAAGUUUGGGCUGGGCAGUUUCGAAGAAGAGUGAAGCAAUGACGGACGAACGCUACAGCUUGCUUGCCUCGAUACCGGCCGGUCUGUUCCUGGCCGCGACCUUCCUGAUGUUGGUUCACUCGCAACGGCGGUGAUUAGGUGCAUCGACCGGCACAAAGGCGACAUACAACGAGCAGGCGUAUGUCGACCUGCUUUCAACUAGUCUGUUAAACCCGUUAACAAUCCAGUUUCGGAUACGUUCCGUACACAUUCGUCGCGAUAAAAGACAGGGCCACAAUGGCCAAAGCGCGUGCCCAGGUGCUAUAGCUAGCUUAGAUGCUGCAACGAACUUGCAAAUCGUUGCUGCUGUUGUUGAAAGCUACUCAGGAAAAAGUUUGUAUGGCAAAACAAAGCCCGUUCUCAAAAGGUGCUACUUUUGACAUCCCUUUUGUUCCGUAGAAUGUACUUUAACGUGUACCCACUCACUCAGUGGGUAAGAAAGUAACAGAGAGACACAGUAGGUUGCUGUGACAAAUGAUUCGCUCAACAAUCGACACAUAUAUAUUCCAAAACGUGUGCUUAAUGUGGGAGGGAGGGAGGGGUAGCAGGGACGCGCGAUCUUUAGAUAUUAAUAGUGAUAACCGCAAACCAGUCAGAGGCAGACGUACAUUAUUAGCUAGAAACGAGCUAGAUUCCAAUGUGGCAGCAGAAUUAGCGUAGAUUUGUUUGUUACGGCAACGAUGUUGUUUUUGGAGUAGCGGAAGGUUGUUUUUUUUUUUUAAUUGUUAUUUAUGGGUUGUUUAGAUAGUGCUUUUUUCCUCCUCUUCGAGGUACUUUACGAAACAAAACACACAAACAAAGUGUGUUGAGAGGCCUAUUGUAUUAUAUAAAAAAAUGUUUUCAAAGUUAAUAAAUCAAAUAGCAUAAAUGAAGAA